AUGGCCGAAUCGCCAAAUGCUUUUUCAGAUUCAGUUUUUGCAGAUUCCAAUGCUUCGAUGAACUCUGAUUCUUUCAAAACUACUCUCAUGCCUUUUCCUCCACCUCCACAUACAGCCUUUAUCAUUAAAGGAAAACCUAUCUUCCUUGCCUCCAAUACUCGAACCAGUUGCGAGGAACAUCUUGUAUCUUAUAUUACUAGGUGUGUGUAUACCUGCUAUAACAGGAACCCCAGCUUUUAUCAUCAUAUCUUUUGAAGUACUUUUAAUUCCCAUAUUUUUAAUCGCAUCUGCCGAAGGUCCAAUGAAUGAAACGUAAUAAUGUUUAUACCUGGUACACUAUUUAAUGUCGUAUCCAGAAGUGUUUCUACAUCGACGAUAUGCAAUCAGAUAAUAAAAUUGACAAGAUUAAGAGUUGUGGAUAAUAGUGAAAUUGGAAAGGCAGCUAUGAUGGAAGGGAAACCACCACGUUGUAUUCAUGUUUAUAACAAAACUGGAGUUGGUUAUAUAGGGGACAGAGUACUAGUUGCCAUAAAAGGUGAAAAGAAAAAAGGUAUAUUGGUUGGUUUGAAGCAGCGCCAAAAUCCCAAAGUUCCAAGAUUUGACAGCAACAAUAUAGUUCUGAUAGAUGACACUGGAACGCCUUUAGGUACAAGGAUUCAUGUACCAAUUCCUCAUAUUCUGAGAACAAUUAUGAGAAAGAAUACACAUAGUAAAGGUGCAGAUUAUACAAAGUUACUAGCUAUUGCCACAAAAUUUGUUAAAUCGUAUUUCGAAUACAUUCACUUCGAACGCAAUCGUCAAUCAGAUUGGAUCGCAGGAGAAAUAAACGUUGAUGCUAGCAACGUACAACCAAUCAGAAUAGGGGAAUGCAAUAUGAACAAUCGUUUAAGCAUAAGAAAAGUUUUUUACGAUUAAUUGCUAUCGUAUCGUUAGACACGUUAGAUACAUACAAGAAUUUGAAUAUGCAAAUUGACAACAAGUGUGUAAAGACGGUGAUGUGAAUGUUGGAAUUGGAAAUUUAGAUUUGAGUUGUCCGGUCGUUUGUUGCGUAUUCAUCAAAGUACAUAUAUCGUGCUUUAAUAGGGACAUUUCGUAGAGAAGAAAUCCCUUGAUCUGAGCGGCAGUGGCUGUCUUUUACAAAUGGCGACUUAG